AUGGCGGACCCACCCACGGGAGGGCCCGAGCCCCCUCCCACAAACACCCAAGAAACCCAAGCCAGCUUCUCAGUUGAAGACUUCCAGCCUCGAAACGAGAAAUGGCGAAGCUUACACACCCGCGAGGGCACAGGCCGGAUUACCACCAGAGAGGUGUGGAAGCUCAUCGACAACCUCAAGGAUAUCAUCCAUCGCCAAACCACGCUCAUCGAAUCCACCAAAGCCGACCUAGAAGAGGUCAAGCACGACCAGAACGUCCUCCGAGAACAGAACGACAGGCUUCAUGAAGAAGCAGCGAUAGCAGCCAGCGGUACCCGUGACCCGCAACUAAGCCUCCAACGACCCGAAAAUGACCGGAACUGCGUCCGCAUUAGCACACAGAGAUCAUCAGUAGAUCCGAGAGAUAAUGAGACUAGAGAAGGGAACAGUUUCGGGAGGUACCUCUCUACCGACUCGGCUAACACCUAUAUCCGCUCAGCGCUGUUAAGCGUACCCUCGACUCAAGACGCACAAGUUGCCGGCAUUGGUACCACGAAAACGGGAUACAUGUAA